AUGUUGUUUACAGUACUUUAUCUUUCAUAUAUACAGACAAAACCAAGAUAUCUCACUCUACAACAUCGAAAAAAUGGACCUACUGUAGAAAACUUCUGGGAUUUCAACAGUAGUACAGAAGAAGAGAAAAAAUUUUUAUUAAAUGUUACUUCAAGCGUAGAUUCAUUUAAAGAUAAGUUAUACAUACUAGAAAGACUAAAUACUACUACAGCAAAGUUCAUUGUUGCAGAAUAUUAUACUUUCGAAGUUCACCACGAAGCUGCAGGAGAUUUACCAUUUAAGUUAAUGCAAGAAUGUUAUCAAGAAGGUCUAGACUUAUGUGGUGAUUUCCUUGCUUAUUUUUACGAAAUUGGUUUAUUUACUGAAAAAGAUCCUCUAAAAGCAGCAUUCAUUCGAGCAGAAUCCGACACGAUAUUAUAUUCAAUAAUUCGCACUGCUGAUGCACCAGAUUAUUCACUUUACGAAAAUUUAAUUAAAAUCACCGAAUAUUUCCCUCCAACAAAGGCCACACAUAAGAAUUUAACAGAUCUAUUCAUUUUACCACAAGAUGGCUACAGAUAUCAGAAAUAUCUUAAAUCAAAUACGAUUCCUAAAAAUAUUCUUGAAAUAAUCAAAGGAAUUCAUGAUAAAACUCAAAAACCAAGUGAAGAACUAUAUAAAAUUUGUGCUACUGACUCAGAAGGUCGAUACCAUUUUGUAAAAGAAGUACUUUCCAUUGACGAAGAUUUAGCUCUUAAAUUAAUAAAAGAAAAUCAAAUAAAGGAACUCUAUGCAGAUGCUUUCCUUGCCUCCAAUCAAGAUAGUCCAUAUUUGAAAGCUCUUUCCAAAGAAAUCUCUCGAAAUAUCAAAGAUAACAUUGAUUUGAUACCAAAUUUGGCAUUUUACCUUUACUCAAACAAUUAUAAUAAUGCCGGUAAAUAUUUAUUGUUAUAUACUAAGUCUAAGUUCUGUCCAAAAGGUUUGAAUCGAUAUUACAAAGAUUUUCAAAAAUAUUUAGGAUUUCCAUCAAAAGAUGAAGACUUAUUUGCAUUGAAAAACAAUUUACACCAUUAUGACUUACUAACAAGAAAUACUGCUCGUAUUAAAUUGGCUUUUCAGAUUGAAGAUGUCUAUCAAAUCGAACAUCUUUUGUCUGAAAGUGAAGAUAGCUUCAAAAUAUCAAUUUUCAUUAGAUUUGUUAGAUAUACUCAACUGAUGGUCAAAGCUUAUUUGAAAGGAGGAAUCCCUGCUUUCCUCGAUUUCUACAACAUUCAUUUCGUUAAAUUGAUGAUAGAGCGAUUGGUUGCAUCAUUAAUUGUUGGUAUAAUGUCACUAUCUCUAUUUAUAUUAAUAAGAAAACGAGUCAUGAUGAGCGUUUUCGAUUGA